CCUCGGAGAAGGAGAGAAGCUAUAGAGAGAGGAGAGAGGCAGACAAGUGCUUAGUAUACUGUAGUUGUUACGUCCUUCACCAGGCGAAACAGAGAGACACAAAAAGCCAAAAAGGCUAUUUUUUUUUUUGAGAGAGAGAGAGAGAGCAUUGGGAAAAGGAGGUGAAGAAGAGAGAUGAAAAUGUCUGGGUGCUGUAGGGGAAUAUAGGGGGCAAAGCUUCGACACUUGGUCUGGUGUCUCUGGAGUCUGGACACUCAGCAAACAAAACCCAACUCUUUUUUUCCCUUCCUCAUUGCUUACCUUUUCGGUCGGCUGGCCAAUCUGCUCAACUUUCCGGUGGCCUCGCCGGAAUUUAUUCCUUCCUCCUCUUUUUUUAUUUUUCCCCUCAAAAAGUCAACUUUUGGUCUUUCCCUGAGCUGAUCUGAGCUUCUUAGCUGAGAAAGUCAAAAUUCUACUCUGCUUCUGAGCUUCGGUUUGGGCUUUUUUAGUUGAUCGGAGGUUAAACGAUAGGGUGAGCUACGAAGAGUUUGACUUCACCCCGGAAGGAGAUGAACGAUUGAAAUAUUUUUUACCAUCUUUCUGUGAACUCGCCGGGGAAGACAAUGAAGACGCCGGCGAAUGCCGGUGCCGGCUUUGCCACGUCAGCGUCCAAUCUUUGCGAAGGAUUAGAGAAGAAGAGCAUAAACCAUGAACUAUGGCAAGCCUGCGCCGGGCCGCUGGUGAACCUGCCGCCGGCUGGGACACACGUGGUCUACUUCCCACAAGGACACAGUGAACAGGUUGCAGCAUCUAUGAAGAAGGAUGUGGAUGCACAAAUCCCGAACUACCCAAAUCUUCCUUCAAAGCUACUAUGCCUCCUUCAUAAUGUCACCCUGCAUGCGGAUCCUGAAACAGAUGAAGUAUAUGCUCAGAUGACACUCCAACCGGUUCCUUCUUUUGACCAGGAUGAGUUAUUGAGAUCAGAUCUUACACUCAAGACAAAUAAACCCCAACCAGAUUUUUUCUGUAAAACAUUGACAGCAAGUGAUACAAGCACCCAUGGAGGUUUCUCUGUGCCACGCCGUGCAGCAGAGAAAAUUUUCCCUCCUCUUGAUUUCUCCAUGCAACCACCUGCUCAAGAACUUGUGGCCAGGGAUUUGCAUGAUAAUUUAUGGAAUUUCCGCCAUAUCUACCGUGGACAACCAAAACGUCACUUGCUUACGACUGGGUGGAGCCUAUUCAUUAGUGGAAAGAGGCUUUUGGCUGGCGACUCAGUUUUAUUCAUUAGCAGGGACGAAAAGCAGCAACUUCUUUUGGGCAUUAGGCGGGCUAACAGGCAACCCACCAAUCUUUCAUCAUCGGUAUUGUCAAGCGAUAGUAUGCAUAUAGGGAUUCUUGCCGCUGCUGCCCAUGCAGCUGCAAAUAAUAGCCCCUUCACUGUGUUUUAUAAUCCCAGGGCAAGUCCAUCAGAGUUUGUUAUCCCUUUAGCCAAGUACUACAAGGCUGUAUAUAGCAACCAAAUAUCACUUGGCAUGCGCUUUCGGAUGAUGUUUGAAACAGAAGAAUCAGGAACAAGAAGGUAUAUGGGUACAAUCAUGGGUAUUGCUGAUCUUGACCCUCUCAGAUGGAAGAACUCACAGUGGCGUAAUUUGCAGGUUGGUUGGGAUGAGUCAACAUCUGGGGAAAGGCAUAACCGGGUCUCAAUCUGGGAAAUUGAACCAGUAACUGCUCCAUUUUUUAUCUGUCCUCCUCCAUACUUCAGAUCAAAGUGUCCAAGGCAACCAGGAAUGCCAGAUGAUGAAUCUGAAUUAGACAACUUAUUAAGGCGGACAAUACCUUGGCUUGGUGAUGAUAUCUGCAUGAAGGAUCCCCAGGCUCUCUCAGGACAAAGUUUAGUCCAGUGGAUGAACAUGCAGCAAAACCCUUCCCUCGCUAACUCAAUCCAGCCAAAUUAUGUUCAUUCCUUGUCUACACCUACUCUGCAAGGCUUUACUGGAGCAGAUCUUUCCCAUCAGUUGGGCUUGUCAGGACCACCAAUAAAUCUGCCAAACAACUUGCAGUUCAAAUCUCAGAGGCUACCUCAGCAAGCACAACAGAUUGAUCAACUCCCAAAGCUACCUUCCACAUUGAACCCGUUAGGAUCCAUUAUUCAACCACAGCUGCAGUUGGGUGAUAUUACUCACCAAAUGGGGCCAAAUAUCGUUAAUCAAACUGUUCCAUCAAGCCAAGUUCAGGCCCAGAUUCUGCAGCCUGAGUCCAAUGCUCAAACUAGCAAUAACGUUCAUCAGCAGCCAUCUAUUCAAAACAAUCAGUCUUGUAGAAAUGUUUCCCAGAACCUGCAGCAGCAGCACCAACAACAAAGUAUGGGUCAGAACCAAAAGCAAAACCUUAGUCAACCUCAGCCGCCUGAUCAUGUAAACCAACAGUUACAAAUAUCUGAUAAUCAGAUUCAGAUUCAACUUUUACAGAAGUGUCAACAGCAGCAACAAUCUAUUCUAGCACAGCAGUCAACUCUGCAACAGCCAGCUCAAUUAACGCAAAUUCAAGAUCCACAGAGGCAGCUGUUUGAUUUGUCCCAAAGCUUCUCUAGGUCUAUGACAUCCAACCAAAUGCCAGACCUCCCUCAAGCACCCACAACUUCAAUCCCUCAGUCUAACACUAUUCCGCAUCAGAUGACAAAGAAUAACAGCAACACAAAUAUUCGGUUCUCUCUUCCACCCCAGCAGCCAAAACUUCAACAACAGCAAUCUGGUGUUCUGCCUGAAAUAUCUGCGUAUGGUGGACUUCCCUCAUCAUCAAAUCAGUUAUCUACAGGUGCUAGCAGUACAGUAACUGGAGUUUCUGGAGCAGGGCAGACUGUAUUAAUUGACGAUGUUCCAUCUUGGUCUAAUUCACCUUCCAUGAACAAAUGCUCAAAUGUGGUUGAACCUGAGAUGAAUGGCAGGUUCCGGCAAAGCACGGCAAUGGGGGAGAACGUGGCUGCUGCCACAGUCAUUAUUCCAAGUGCACUGGAAACCAUGUCAUCUGAUGCUAACUUGGUUAAAGAUUUUCAGCAGAAACCCAUAGUUAAGCCUUCAUUGCACAUCUCUAAGAGUCACAGUCAUGGAUCUUUUGCUCCACAAACAUUCCUAAAUGGUGCUGUUGCCCAGACAGAUUACUUGGAUACAUCAUCUUCGACAACUUCAGUUUGCCUUUCCCAAAAUGAUGUCCAUUUACUGCAGAAUAAUUCAGUGUCUUUCAAUCCACAAUCAUUUUUGCUCAGAGACACCAGCCAGGAUGGGGAAGUUCAGGCAGAUCUCAGGAGUAAUGUUUCUUAUGGAACCAACAUUGAUGGCCAAAUAGGGAUGCCUAUGAAUCCUGAUCCUUUCUUAUCAAAGGGAAUGGAUGGGUUAGGGAAGGAUUUCCACAACAAUUACUCUUCGGCAGGCAUGCUUACAAACUAUGAAAACUCAAAAGAUGAUCAGCAGGAACUUUCAUCCUCCAUGGUUUCCCAGUCUUUUGGAGUACCACAUAUGACAUUCAACUCAAUUGAUUCAACAGUAAAUGAUUGUAGCCUCUUGAAUAGAGGUCCUUGGGCUCCACCACCACAGUUCCAGCGAAUGCGAACAUAUACCAAGGUGUACAAACGUGGAGCUGUCGGGAGAUCAAUUGAUAUCACCAGUUAUUCAGGUUAUGGUGAGCUUAAACAAGGUCUGGCUCGAAUGUUUGGCAUAGAGGGACAGUUGGAGGAUAGGCAGAGAAUUGGCUGGAAAUUUGUCUAUGUAGAUAACGAGAAUGAUGUUCUCUUGUUGGGAGAUGACCCUUGGGAGGAGUUUGUUAAUUGUGUUCACUGCAUCAAGAUCCUGUCCCCUCAAGAAGUCCAGCAAAUGAGCUUGGAUGUAGAUAUCGGAAGUGGUGUACUUCCGAAUCAAGCCUGCAGCAGCUCUAAUGGGGGAGUUGCUUAAUGUAGUCCUCCCAAAUGCUAACCAUUCAUCUUCUGGGUCAGGAACUUUACUCCACAGUUUCCCAUAUGGCAUGUGAAUAAUAUAUGCCACAAAUGUAUUUUCUAGGCAUACUUCCAUUGAGAAAUGAUCCUUGGGUAGUUAAACGUGGCAUUUUCCUUGAAUGUUGGCUGUUGCUUGAAGCGAUCUCUGAGGUGAGAAAUAGAGGGAAAAGGUGACAAAGAAGAAGAGAGAAGCUUCGCACCAUACUUGAAUGGAUGGCUAUUAUUGGUACGAGUUAGAUCCCACGAAGUCUUAUUUCCAGGCUAGUGAACAACCCAAUUUGGAAUGUGCCCAAGCUCUUCAACAUGAUGAUGCUGUUAUGGGAUCAAUACUCAAUUGUUUUGCCUUCAAACUUAAAAUUUUUUAAGUUCUUCCACGUCAGUGUCCUAUGGUAAGCUAAAAGGAUGAUAUUGCAAGGCCUAGUUUCAAAUGUAUAGAUUGGUAGAUUUCUUUGUAGACCUAACAUUUCUUAAAAUGGUGGCUGUUAUGUGAAGACUGAAGAAUAACGAGAUUAACGGCUGGAAUAAAGAAAGUUGAUGAAACGGGGCGUUUAGAAGGAUUAAUAAACGAUGUGUUGAGGUUAAAUGAAACGGCGCGUUUCAUGGGAGAAGAAGGGAAUUGUAAUGCGUGUGUUUUAUGUGAUGUAAUCUGUGUUUUACUUGAUCAGAACGAUGCAUUUAGAUACUAUCAUGUAGAGUGGCUCGUGUAGAUGAAAGGCAAGUGUUUUCCAGUGUUGUAGAUGAUUUCAUGUGCAGGUUAAGAGUUCCUCAAAACUCUAAUCAAGAAUUGAAGUGCAUAAUUCUGGAUUUCUUUCAA